GAUGUGUUCAGCGUCAUGGACUGGAAAGAUGGCGUGGGAACGAUACCUGGAAGUGACCUAAAGUUUCAAGUAAAUGAGUUUGGAGCCCUGGAAGUUAUUACAGAUGAGAGUGAGAUGAAAAAUGUUAAAAAGGCAACUGCUACCACCACGUGGAUGGUGCCAACCGCUCAAGAAGUCUUUUCAGAGAAGACUGGAGUACCUUUCCGGUUGAAGGAACCCAUGAAAGUAGACGGGCUUCAGUUCUGUGAGAACUGUUGUCAGUACGGCAGUGUAGAGGAGUGCCUUCCUGGAGGAGGCUUUUGCAGCCAGAAUUGUGCUCAGCAUGUCAAAGACAAAGAUCAGAAGGAAGAGAGGGACACAGGAGAGGACAACGAGGAAGAGGACCCUAAAUGUAGUCGGAAGAAAAAACCGAAGUUAUCCCUGAAAGCCGACGCCAAGGAGGAUGGUGAAGAUAGAGAUGAUGAAAUGGAGACCAAACAAGAUGGAAGAAUCCUGAGGUGCUCGCAGAGAGCCCGGAGGAAAAGGCACGGGGAUUCGGCCGUCCUGAAGCAGGGCAAAAAAGCUAGGUGCUGGACGUCCUUUCUGGAAGAGGAGAAGGCUGUGACGGUGCCUGUGAAACUCUUCAGGGAGCACCAGUCGUUCCCCUACAACAAGAACGGAUUCAAGGUCGGCAUGAAGCUGGAAGGCGUGGACCCAGAACAUCACUUUGUGUACUGCGUUCUCACCAUGGCCGAGAAUUGUGGGUAACGAAUAAAGCUGCACUUUGAUGGGUACUCCGACUGCUAUGACUUCUGGGUGAACGUAGACGCCCUGGACAUCCAUGCUGUGGGGUGGUGGGAGAAAACCGGCCACAAACUCCAUCCUCUGAAAGGCUAUAAAGAAGAAUUUAAUUGGCAGACCUAUCUUAAGACAUACAAUGCCCAAGCAGCCCCGAAGUCAUUAUUUGAAAAUCAGAAUAUAACGGUGAUCCCAUCAGGCUUUCGAGUUGGAAUGAUGCUUGAACACGUAGACAAAAAGAAUCCUGCAUUCAUCUGCGUUGCUAUGGUAACAGAUAUGGUGGACAAACGUUUCCUCGUGCAUUUUGACAACUGGGAUGAGAGCUAUGACUAUUGUGAAGCAUCCAGUCCCCACAUUCAUCCGGUUGGCUGGUGUAAAGAACACAGAAGAACCCUCACUACUCCUCCAGGUUAUCCAAAUGUGAAGUUUUUUUCCUGGGAUAAAUACCUUGAAGAAACCAAUUCUUUACCUGCCCCUGCCUUUAAAGUGAAACCUCCACAUGGCUUCCAGAAGAAAAUGAAGCUGGAGGUCGUAGAUAAGAGGAACCCCAUGUUCAUUAGAGUUGCGACAGUGGCAGACACGGUUGAUCACCGAAUAAAAGUUCACUUCCAUGGCUGGAGCAGUAUGUAUGACUAAUGGAUAGAUGCUGAUUCCCCCGAUAUCCACCCUGUAGGCUGGUGUUCCAAGGCCGGACACACUCUUCAGCCUCCUUUGAGCUCUAUAGAGUUAAUGGAAGCCUCUGACCAAGGCGGAUGUCCAAUGCUUGGCUGCAAGGGCCUUGGCCACUUUAAGCGCUCAAGGCACCUAGGCCCUCAGAGUGCUGCCAACUGUCCCUACUCAGAUAUCAAUUUGAAUAAAGAACACAUUUUCCCAGUGCUAAAUGGUGAGAUGCAUGUACCCAGCCUCGCAUUUCCAAGAGCUAAGAAGACAGACACAAAUGAAAGCCCCUCGCCUCCUGAAGUCAGAGACCAGCACACUGAUGCUGCCAAAGAAGACCUUGAAGAGAGGACAGAAGAUGAAAAGAGGCCACCGCAAGAAGCCAGAGGAGCCUGGGAAGAACCUCGGGUGUGGCGCGCCAUGUUCCUGUCCUUCAAGUCCCCAGUUCUGUGCCUGCCCUUGCACUGGGAACAGCAAAGCAAACUUCUCCCGACUGUCACAGCCAUCCCUGCCAGCAGGGGGUCCAAGUGGAGCACAGAUGAGGUGUCAGAAUUCAUCCAGAGCUUGCCUGUCUGUGAGGAACACGGAAAAGUCUUUAAGGAUGAACAAAUUGAAGGAGAAGCCUUUCUACUUAUGGCCCAAACGGACAUUGUUAAAAUUAUGAGCAUUAAGCUGGGCCCUGCUCUCAAAAUCCUCAGCUCUAUUCUGAUGUUCAAAGCUGCAGAGUAUUCCCACAAUGAACUUUGA